AUGAUGUUCAAGACUGCUCUCGCCCUGGCCUCGGCCCAGAUAGCUGCUGCUCACUAUGGACUCGUCUACCCAGAGUGGCGAGCCGAUACACUCAAUGCUCCUGAAGACUCUACUCUGUCCCAAUGGACAUAUCCUUGCGCCGGUGCCGAUUUCGGAUCGGGCAAUAUCACCGAAUGGCCUCUGGAAGGAGGAUCCAUCCAGCUUGACCUUCACCACGCCUGGACCUACGUCUUCCUGAACCUCGGUCUUGGAGAGAACACGACCGACUUCAACAUCACCCUCACGCACCACCAGCUCAUGAACACCACCGGCAAGGGCCUGCUCUGCCUGGACGAUAUCCGCCUGCCCGACAACAGCAACGUCACCCAGGGCGCCGUGGGCACCCUCCAGGUCGUCACUGUCGGUGACACGGGAAGCGCUCUGUACAAUUGCGCCGACAUCCGCUUCACGGCCAAUGCUACCAAGGCCCCUACCUGCAACAACACCGUGCAGCACAGCUUCGUCCAGACCGGGGGUAACAGUAGCGGCAGCAGCGGCAACAACAGCACACAGAGCGGCAAUGACAAGGGAGCCGCUAGCGUUCUGGGUGUCAACAUGCUCUCGGUGACCACCUUCGCUGGAUUGGCGGUUGUCUUUGCUAUGGGACUGGGCAUGUAA